AUGUCGACAUCCCCGCAACAAAGCAGUCGUGCCGAACAACACUUAACGUCACUGGCUCAGUUAGCUGCGAAAUUGCACGCAAACAGCAACGAUGCGGAUCUUUGGCGUGCGCUCGACCGAACUCUAGACGAAGUCUUCGGACACGCUCUAUUCACCGUCCUGGCCUUCACCAAGCAAUCUGGCGCUACAAGGCUCUACAGCACAAACACCAACUUGCACCCACUGGGAACAAGAAACAAAUCGCCACCUGGCAAUCAUGAAAGAGUUCCUAUCGGCAAUGCACCUCCUCCGGCCGACCGCGCUGCAUGGGUGCAGCAGGUUUUGGUAGACGGUCAGAUUUGGCGUGGGCAGGUGCGCGAGGAUUUGAAGGCGGCAUUCGAAGAUUGGGAACAACUUUGGGAAGCAGACUUGGGGUCGGUUAUGAACAUUCCGAUCCGUCUGAGUGGCUCCACGAUAGGAUCGCUCAACAUUCUUGAUGAGGAGCACAGGUACGACGCAGCUGAGUUUGAGCUGGGCAUUCUGGUAGCACAAUUGGUGGCAGCAUUCGUUAACCGAGUAGCCAAUGAGGCUGCAAAGAAAAAGACCAUGUGA